AAGCCAGCAAUUGCCUUUCAACCUUCAACCGCGAUCAUCCGCAGAACAAGUACGGCGUUUGGAAAACAGUGAACUUUUGCGAAGUACGGGCGAGCGUAGUCAAACAAGGAAACAAAUUCCAACGCUCCCGUGACGCAAAAUGCUGUAGAAAUCGAAAUUGAAAGUCAAAUGAAUUCCGUGUGUGUGCGUGUAAUUUGAGCGUCAAUUUGUUGAUGAUAAAAUUCGCCUCCGCUUAUAUGUACAUAUGUUUGUGAGCAUAUGAGCCUGUGACUGUGUGUGUCGGUGUGAGCGUCGAGCAUAAGAAAGCGGCACAAAACAACAACAACAAGAACAGCAGGAAGCGAGCGACGCUUAGCGAAAGAGAGGAGGAAAGAGAACAGCGAAGACUCCAUUUUACAAGACGACGAAGAAAGGGAUAAAAAGGAGCACGCGAUGGCCAGCUUCCAGAUCCACCAAGACAUGAGCAACAAGGAGAAUCCGGGCAUCACGAUUCCGGCCGGGGUGAAAAACGCCAAGCAGCCGCUGGCCGUUAUCGGGAAAUCGGAGAAAAAUGCGCUUGCGCCGCGGGCGAAUUUCGCCGUGCUCAAUGGCAACAACAACGUGCCGCGUCCGUCCGGGAAAGCGCAAGUCUUCCGUGACGUCAGGAACCACAAUGUCGAUGAAAAUGUGGAUUUUGCCGCCAAGAAAUCGAAUGUGGUGCCCGUGGUGGAGCAGUUCAAGACCUUCUCUGUGUACGAGGAUAACUGCGACACCCAGGUGGCGCCACCCGGCAAGUCCCUGGCCGAUAAGGAGAACCAAUAUGUCGGGAAAUUCGAUGCGGGGCAAAAGGAGUUGGUGGAAUACGAUCUGAAUGCCACGCCCAUGUCCGUGACCGAUGUCCUAUCGCCCAUGUCUGUGGACCGAUCCAUUCUCGGUGUCAUUGAGUCUAAUGAUAACAGUGUCCAUGGUCUGGAAACUGGUGCCACGCCUGGUGGACAAGUCAAGGAGCUGCCGCCGCGCAAUGAUCGCCAGCGGUUCUUCGAAGUGGUCCAGUACCAGAUGGACAUACUCCAGAACUUCCGGGAGAGCGAGAAGAAACAUCGCCCGAAACCCAUGUAUAUGCGGAGGCAGAAGGACAUCAGUCACAACAUGCGCUCCAUCCUGAUUGAUUGGCUGGUGGAGGUUUCCGAGGAGUACAAACUGGACACGGAGACCCUCUACCUCUCGGUCUUUUAUCUGGAUCGCUUCUUGAGCCUGAUGGCGGUGGUGCGCUCCAAGUUGCAGCUGGUGGGCACAGCAGCCAUGUAUAUUGCCUCUAAAUACGAGGAGAUCUAUCCCCCAGAGGUGGGUGAGUUCGUUUUCCUCACCGACGACAGCUACACGAAGGCGCAGGUGCUGCGCAUGGAGCAGGUCAUCUUGAAGAUCCUCUCCUUCGAUCUAGGCACCCCGACUGCUUAUGUUUUCAUCAACACUUAUGCCGUGAUGUGCGAUAUGCCAGAAAGGCUGAAGUUCCUGACGCUGUACAUUUCUGAACUGUCGCUGAUGGAGGGAGAAACCUACUUGCAAUACUUGCCCUCACUCAUGUCGUCCGCUUCGCUCGCACUGGCGCGUCAUAUUCUCGGCAUGGAGAUGUGGACACCGCAGCUGGAGGAGAUCACCACCUACAAGCUGGAAGACCUGAAAACCGUGGUCUUGCAGCUGAGCAACACCCACAAAGCGGCAAAGGACCUCAACACGCAGGCCAUGCGGGAAAAGUACAAUAGAGACACGUACAAGAAGGUAGCCAUGAUCGACUCCAUUGAGUUGUGCAAGGAGGACUUGGAUCAGCUCUGCCAGGCCUACAACGCCAAGCAAAAUGAGCAGCAGCAACAGCAGCAGCCAGAGAAUCAUUCUAAAUCGAACGUGAAUUUGUUUUAUAAGUUUUAAGUGUUUUUGAGCCUCUGCCAUGGUCAAAUUGUAUUUUAGUUUAGUGUUUCCAUGUACCAUUUUGUAGUUUUAGUUUUAAGUGUACACACACACAUUGGAAGGAACAAACGCCGUUCGGUUCUAUAAAGCUGGGAACAUAGAUUGGAUUGGCCGAUUGGCGAGCUCCACGUAAUGCGUUCUGGACAAUUUUAUAUGCCCGCCAUAUAAAAGAUUAGUUGCUAGGAAGUAAUGCACACUAUCCAUCUAACAUUCACGUCGGUGCACGGUGAGAGCUUGCCACGCCAAGCGUGAGGAACAACGAGAACUCUAAGCAACAAGGGGAACCCGGACACCGAACCUAUUUGUUCCGAUUCUGCUUCUGCUCAGGCUACCAAUAUUUUAUAUUUUACCCUACCAUCGAUCCCUGUUCUCUAUGUAUUUUUAUGUAUUUAUAAACUGAACCAUACGGAUGUAUACAAUGUGUCUUUAGCAGAAACAGCUAGCUCCGAGAAUUAUUUUAUCUACACAUAUUUAUAUACUAACUAUUAGUCCAUGAAUGUUCUGUGAACCACGAAACAAAUACAAACGUCAAUUUUACAAAAGACACAAAAGCCGCCUGAGAAAAUACACAACAAGAAAUGACCAUCCUAAAUCUGCGUAGCCAUAAGAAAUACAUCUUAAAUCUUUGUCAGAAUAGCAGCCAUGCAUUGCUGCUUGACUCAUAUCAAUCUAAUGACGCUUACUAAAUGUUUACCUUACUUAGUCAAAUCUCGGUGGGUGGAUUGAUGUUGCUGAGAGCAUAAACACAGAGCGCUAGCUAAAUACAGAAACCGAGUUGACGGGAGAUUCGACGUUAACAUAACUUAUAUUAUUGUACUAACUGCUAAAUAUAAUUUUAUAACAUUGCCGAGUGCGUUGUGCUCGCAAGCCGUAUAUUCCAUAUACCUAUUGUAUUCAAUAAAAUUGUGAAAGACAUGCGCAA